GAGAGGCGAGUAAGUUCAUGGGCAACUGUAGGCCAAUUGCUCUGUUGACCUUAUUUCACUGUUUUACUGUUUACAGUACACGUGUAAAGUUGUUAUCUAGUAAACCUGUUUAUCUUUGGAUGCAAUCCAGUCGCCAAUGUCUACAGUCGAUUUCCGAAGUUUGAUAAUUAACUGAGGAGGAGGGGAGUUCCCAUGCACUCCCUUCGCCUCGCAAAGUCCAAUCUUAGUUGUCUCUUGCAACCCGCCCUCCUGGUAUCUUUGGAAAGUGUUCCCUGCAGAAGUUUCUACAAACUGAGAGUAAUCUAUCCUCAGAUUCCUCACCACAAGACAUGGCGCUCAUCUCGCCUCUGACGCCGAUUUUUGUGGCUGUGCUAUGCGUGGUGAUCGCUCUCAUUUUCCGAAGCCUGCAGAACAGCGAGAACACUUCAGGUCCAAUCCCCGCCGGCGGUGGCGGCAGCAGCUCCAGCCAAGCCCCGAGACAAGAAGCCAGGCCGUGGGUGGACGAAGACCUGCAGGACGAUACGGAAAUCAGCACCAGAGACAACGAUGAUGACGAGUGGGUGGAUGGGGGAGAGGAGGAGGAGCUGGCUCACGUCCCCUACUCCCCGGGCCGCUACUCUGAGGAGGAGAUGCUCCAGCGCUCUCAGCAGCUCUACUCGCUCCUCAACCAGCGGCGCUCCGUACGCUUCAUCAGCCCAGAGCCCGUCCCGCGCGCAGUCAUAGACAACAUCAUACUCACCGCAGGCACAGCCCCCAGUGGUGCGCACACGGAGCCCUGGACGUUCGUGGUGGUGUCUGACGCGGAGACGAAGCACAAGAUCCGUCUGAUCGUGGAGGAGGAGGAGGAGAUCAACUACCGGCAGAGGAUGGGGGACAAGUGGGUCAAGGAUCUGGAGAGGCUCAGGACUAACUGGGUGAAGGAGUAUCUGGACGUGGCCCCCUACCUGAUCUUGAUCUUCAAGCAGGCCUACGGCAUCCUGCCCAACGGCAAGAAGAAGACGCACUACUACAACGAGAUCAGCGUCUCAAUAGCCUGCGGACUGCUGCUGGCCGCACUGCAUAACGCAGGGCUGGUGACGGUGACGUCGACGCCUCUGAACUGCGGUCCCAUGCUGAGGUCCCUCCUCCGCCGGCCGGCCAAUGAGAAGCUGCUGAUGCUGCUUCCUGUCGGCUAUGCGUCGGCAGACGCCACCGUGCCCGACCUCAAGCGCAAGCCCCUCGAUGACAUCAUAGUCCACAUUUGAUGAUGUCACACCUCAAGUGCAAGCCCCUCGAUGACAUCAUGGUCCACAUCUGAUGAUGUCACACCUCAAGUCCAAACCCCUUGAUGACAUCACAGUCCACAUUUGAUGAUGUCACACACAGAGGUGAAAAAAAACAGGUGCAGGAAGGAAAAACCCUCCCACAUUUUUUGCUCUAGCCAAAUUAAUAAACAAACCGAUCCUAAUUACCAAAGAAUCGUAUAGGGAGAAAAAGAUAUCCCAAACUCUGCCCAUCCAAUGCAAAAGCUUGUGCUCAAAUUCGGUCUCCUAAGUGGCCGUUGUCCGCUUCUUCUUCUUCUCUCUUUGUGGUGUUUGCACAAGAAGUGCGCUAUCGCCAGCUACAGCGCCAAGGGAACUUCAUUUAUUCUCAACCUCAAGACUCCAAAGGUCUCCUAACCAAAGGUCUCCUAAAGGGGCGUUCACCUGACAUCACAUGGAUACUGGAAAAAAACCGAACCUGAAAUAUCUCUCUCUCCCUGUACAAUUCUUUGCUCAUUACCACAUGCCGUAAGCUAGGUUGGUGAGCUUAGCUAACUAGUGAAAUCACCUGUGUUGAGAGCACAGGCAGAAGGAAAACCUAAGCAGAACUUUUACUCUGUACUUGUCAGUGCAGUUUUUCCACCGCUGGUCACAUGUACCCCCAAAGCUUCAUAGCGUCAUCAUAGAUUUACAAUUGGAACUCUAGAUGCCUCACGGUGGAGUCCAGAGCUUACCUCAGACAAGCUCCGUCAGAGAAUCUAUCAAGCGGAAUGAGGACCACUGUGUUUUUAAAUGGUAAAUUGUGCUUCCGUCAGAGGGGAGGAUACCACACACUCUUGUUCAUCAUACUGAAUUUUAUUAAACAAACAAUGCUUCUGUCAGUGGUGCUAUUCUUAAGACAGAGUACGGCCACACUGGCCGAAACAUCGUUUGCAACGCAGUCUCACCCCAAGUAGUCAAUUUCUGACUACCUUGGACCAGACGGCAAUUUUUGACGUCUUGGGUAUUCCUUCCACGUCACAUUUUGACUAUGUGGCCUAACCCUAAACCUAUUCCUAAACCUAACCUCAAUGACGUUAUGCUGCCACAAGGGGGCGCCUUUGAGGACAUAGUCAAAAUGUGACGUGGAAGGAAUACCCAAGACGUCAAAAAUUGCAGUCUUGGGGUGUCAAAAAUUGAGUGGUCAAAAAUUGACUACUUGGGGUGAGACUGUGUAGUCGUUUGUCUUAUCAAAUUCAGCAUCAUGAUGGACAAGAGUGUGCGUGUGCGGUAUCUUCCCCUCUGAAGUGAACAAGUACCCGCUAUCUGCACUUCUGGUGUACGUUGGCUUUCUCCUCCAAAAAUGUUGCCAUUUGUUCAAGAAUUCUGAUGCCAAUACAUCUUAAAAAAACAUCUAAUCCUACAAAUCUUAUUAGGAAACCACCUUCAUAAUAAUAUAAUAAGUAGAUAUUUCUAAACAAAGUGUUUCAGUGUUCAGUGUUACUGUAAGAUGACAGCCAUGUACAGAUGUUCAACUCUGGUGAGGUAUCUAGUUGUCUGCAUGUGAAUCAUGGUCAUGGGCCUCAAGUCAUGGGCCUCAUCUGAUGGCAUAAUUUAUAGCCUGUAUGAUGGCAGCAUAGUCUACAUCUGACAUUGUGACAUUACAUCAGAGCAACUUUUUAAAAGCACUUUUGUCAUAUACCCCAUUUCUAUGUUUUAUUUCUGUUUUUAUUUGUUUGUAUUUGUUUGUAUUUCUACAGAGAGAGAGAGAGAGAGAGAGCUCAAUUGACCAAUUGACACGACAUUUUAAGUUGAAAUUAAGACCUGGUGUAUGCUCACACCACAGGCAUUGGGAGUGUCACUUUGACUGUCCAAUUUUGUUACCAGACAAAUUACUGGAAGACACUGACACUAUUGUAUUAGUUUGAGAUUGAAACUUUCAAGCAAAGGGGAUAUUGUGAGCAUAAAACUCUAAAGAAGGUGAGGUCUUGACAAUAUAAAUUGAAUUUGUAUUUUUUUCUGGAAUAAAUUGUUUUCAUAAUGUUUGAAAAGUCUGCAGUGGUUUGUACUCCUGUGACAAGUUGUUAAGUCUUCUGGCCCAUCAGAACGUCUUACCAGAUUUGCCCACUAGAGGGAGGCAGCACAUAGCUCCUAGCCAGACCGGAAUGGCUCCUUGUGUAGAACAAUAAUUAAGUUAAGUAAUCCUGAAGAUACAUUCGUUAGUGGGGAAAAAAGUCGUACUUGAAGACAUUUAAAUCCACAGAAGAGCAAUCAACUGGUCUAUUCCUGAAUGUAUCUUCUCCAGACUGACAAAUAUUGUCAGCCAUCUCUCGGGUGAAACAGGCUUAGUUAUGAGCACCUGUAUCAUUGACCUUGAAAAAAUUUAGAAUGAAAGUUUGACCUCAAAUUAGUUC